UGGCUUCAAGGAGCUGCCAUAAGAAACCGCACACGCACGUCGCCAUGGGUGCGUCAACACGGUUAUUUCGCUACGUUUUGCGGACGAGGCUCCGGUGCGCAGUUUCGCAAUGAGAGAAUCGGGAUUUAUCAAGUGAGACUUUUUUUUUUAAUUGAUACAUAAUCUGACAAUAUGGCUGAUCAGAGCAACAUCCAGUCCGCCGCCUCCAAGAGCAUCAGGCCCUUUAAAUCCAGCGAGGAGUACCUGUACGCCAUGAAGGAGGACCUGGCGGAGUGGCUCAACACCCUGUACGAUCUGGAUAUCACCGCGGACACCUUCAUGGAGGGGCUGGAGACCGGCUGUGCCCUCUGUCGGCACGCCAACAACGUGAACCGCGCAGCGCAGGACUUCCAGCUGGAGAACCCGGAGGCUGCGCACUCCAUGAAGCUGCCGCGCAAAGACGUGGUCUUCCAGUCGCGCAACGUCGUCCCCGGGUCGUUCCUGGCGCGCGACAACGUGUCGAACUUCAUCAGCUGGUGCAGGCAGGAGCUGUGGAUCAAGGACGUCCUCAUGUUCGAGACCAACGACCUGGUGGAGAAAUGCAACGAGAAGAAUUUCAUCCUGUGCCUCCUCGAGGUGGCGAGACGCGGGUCCAAGUUCGGCAUGUUGGCUCCCAUGCUGAUCCAGCUGGAGGAGGAGAUCGAGGAGGAGAUCCGGGACCAGGAGAGCCUGCGGAUCGAUGCGGGGGAGCCGCCGGAGCAGAGCCCGCCCAGCAGGUGCUUCAGCCGGAAGGAGAGCUGCAGCCAGAGUGUGGAGGAUGAAGAGGAGCCUGAUCCAGAGCCGUUCAUCUGGCCGCAGAAGAGAGUUUUAUGUGACAUGAGGAAUUUGGAUGAGUUGGUGCGGGAGAUUCUGGGCCGCUGUUCCUGUCCGGCUCAGUUUCCUAUGAUCAAGGUGUCCGAGGGGAAGUACAAAGUGGGAGACUCCAGCGCUCUGAUCUUCAUCCGGGUCCUUCGGACUCAUGUGAUGGUGCGUGUCGGAGGGGGCUGGGACACAUUAGAGCACUAUUUGGACAAGCAUGACCCAUGUCGCUGUGCUGCUUUCGCCCAUCGCUACCACCAGGCUAAGGCUAGCGGCCAAGGUCAGGGAGGCCAGAGCAAGUCCUCCAGUGCCCAUUCCUCCCGCUCCACCAGCCCUGGACCACACUGGAGAAACGACGGCAUCGCACCUUACAAGCCCCCCGACCGACGCUCCCUGGAGCCCCUCUCUGCCCCCUGCGCCUCCUCCUCCUCGUCCUCCUCCACGCGGUCGGGCCGGUCUCAGAGCUCCGCCGUCCACAUGGAGCCCGACUCGGGUGCAGCACGGACUCUCCUCCCGCGGCCGCCACGAGACCGCUCAGAGCCCCGCCACUUUAAUCCUCUCAGGAAUAAGGAGACAAUGUUGCCAGUGACGAGACGUCUGUCUGGAGACAGCGACUCCUCGACAGCCUCCUCUAAGGGCGGAGGAAGUACAGGAGGAGGAGGGGGACGGCAUUCUCUUGGCGGUCCCUCGCGGCGUUCAGGUGAAGAGGUAGUGCUGCUUGUCAAUCGCAAGGAAGGGAAGCACAUGAUUGAGAGGCCAGGAGCUGGAAACCAGACCCCAUCCCUGCGUCCUUCGCUGCCCCGUGCUCGCAGCCAAUCACGGGAACGCUCUGCACUUGCUCCAAUGCUCAAACCAAACCCUCCGCAAGGGUCCUCUGAUGGAGCACGGACGCCUCGCACGGAGAGGGGCCGCUCGCUGGGUAACGAGGGCCCGAGGAGGCUCCAUGCUCCUCGUUCCCACAGCCAGAGUAAGGUACCCAACCGCACUCGGUCCAUUGACGCUAGCCCAGGUCCCAGUCUGUCCCACAGAGACCCUCAGCCCCCAGCGUCCGACAGACGGGAGGACCUUCGGGCCAAACAAGCGGCCCCAUCCUCUCCCAGAGUGGGUGGUGGGUUCUCUAAGAGGCAGUCAUCAUCGUGUUCUAACUCCCCUGCAAAAGGAGUUCAGAACAACAGCAGCCCCAGCAAGAAGACUAUAACUACCCCUCGACCCCCUGCCCCUCGCUCCCCCUCCAUAGGCAAAGGCAGACUGCUGCCUCCUGUCACCUCAGGAGGUCGACGUUCACCACACUCAUCUCCUCGCAACGCUCAUCAUCACACCUCCCGCCCCCCUCGGAUCUCGCAGGGCGCUCGCUCUGCUGGGCGAGGCCACCACAGGAACUGGUCUGGCCUGGAGCGCCAGGAGCCUGAGGAGGAAGGACUUGGCUUCCAAAUGCUGCCGACAUUAGACCCUCAGAGGGAGCAGGACCUGUAUCGCAGCUUUGAGGCUGAGUUUCUGGCCAAUACGCAGCAGGUGAAAGGAGUGUUUAGUAAAGCUCCAGCAGGAGCAGCCCUGCAGGGAGCUGGGACACAUCCAGUGCCGGCAAUCACUGAUGCUAAUGUCACUGACUCUGCCUAUUCCUCCUCCAACUCCUCCACCUCCUCCUUGAAUGUGGGGGCAAAGAUAGGAACUCUGCCUGACCUCAGAGAAUCCAAGAGAACUAAUCGUCCCUUCUCAAUGGACGACCCCUUGAAUUUACUUUAUGGGCACAAUUUUAGUGGACCACACAGCUUUGGUCAAGGAGAGCCAGAGCACUGGGGUGAUCGUAGCGGGGGUCUCAAGAAGCUCCCGGCCAUCUCUAGCUCCAUGGAAGAGAGGGAAAUUCCAUCGUCCCUGCCAGGUAUAGAAGACACAGAGUUAAUGAAUCAGAUCCCCUCACAACCUGCAUUCCACUGUAGGAACAUGAAUGGAGACCACGGAGGUUGCCCUCCUGCAGGAGGCCUCACAGACCAACAGGGUCAGCUGGGCUGGGGCACACGGCCUGAAGCAGACGUUCCUCUGGAAAAUCACCAGCCAAACCUACCUUAUGACCUAGAGAAUGGUGACGGGAGCGAUGACCUCCCGCCCCCAGAGGCUUGUCCGUCACCUGUGCCCCUUCCCCCCUCUGAGGACUGCUCCUUCCAGGAUUCCUCGAGUGAAAACUCUUCCAUGUGCUUCAGCUUGAGCGAAUCCCGCUCCGAGUCCCCUCCACCGACUUCCCCCUUGACUAACGGGAACGCUGAUGGAGAAGUGCUGCAGAUGAAGAAGCUGCAGAGAAAAUCAAACAGUUUAGACGCGAUAUCUAAGCACAAACUGGGAGCCAGAUUCAGGCCCCGCACUGACAACAGGCCAGAAAACAGCCCCUCGCGUAUCCCCACCCCGGUCAGCUACAGAGACCUGCAGGCUCACGACACUCUCUCCCCCUGCCACACCCCACCGCUGUCCCCGCAGAGCUCCCACUCUGCCGGCCGUCCAGCCACAUGCAAGAGCCUCCACCAGGCUUUCGCAGACAUGAUCCAUCCUCAGCCCCGUUCUCCUGCCAUGGGCAACAAAGACUGCUCAUUUCCCGGACAGUCAGGCAGCCUGGACACUGAAGCUUGGAUGUAGCACAAACUGAUGGAUAUGACACAGAAGGUUGUUGUCAUGAACUUGAACUACUGUGUAAAAAAAAGACUCCAGACUGGGCUAUAGACUGUUUCCAUUGCAUGUCACACACUCUUUUUUUUUUUCAUUUAGUUUCUCCCCUGAAUACCUGCAGGGGGUUCACAUUGCUUUUUUUGCACUCAAGCCAAAUUAUUUAUUACCAAAGGAAUGGUCUUUAAUAUUACUGUAAUUUUAAUGUCUGCAUGGGGAUGCUUUUGCCAAUCAUAAGGUGUGUUUUUUCUUUUUUUUCUUUUUUUUACAGGGCACUUGUGAAAUUCUCACGGUUGAUACACAAAGAUAGAGAGAGAGCAUAUGUGCUGCCAUGUGCCCCCACUGAGGGGCAUGGUGAAGUGCCAGGGAUUUAAAACCGCAACUCUAUAAACAGUGUAAACACUAAACCUUUAGUCUCACGGAUUGGCUCCCUCUUGUGGUUUGCCUCUCUGCUUGCCUUGAUAGUCAAAAUACUGGUAGGAUGACUGCGAUUUUCUUCAGUGUCUCUGCAUUAGUGGUCUUCAUAUACGGUUCAGUAAACUCAUACUCACAAUAUAGAAAUAGGUAACAUAGACAAAGGUACCCCCAUCAUUCCUCUCACUUUAUGAACGAGCACUACCAAUUUCUGUACAGUCGUCCGGUGUUAUUAAUGUCAGCUUCUCACAAUCAAUUGAUGUAGUCAAGAUAGAUGCUAUUUGUUUUCGAAUGCUUAAUGUGUUACAGAUUUUUUUGUUUAAUGCAGUACAACAUUUUAACUUUGAAGUGGAUUAAGUGUUAAAAUAUGAGAAGCGGUGAAGGUUAUAUUACUUUGUGUCAUUGCCACUGAAACGGAGAUGUUGAGAGCUCUUCCUCUGACCAAACUGUACUCUGGAAUACAAUGCUAAAUAUAUAUAUAUGUAUACGUAUAUAUAUAUAUAUAUAUGUGCAGGAGUCACACGCUUAGGAGUCUGAAUGUGUAAAUACAUGUGCUCGCUGAGAGAUGUGGGCACUUUGUACAUAAAAGGCAUGGAAUAUACAGUUUAAUGUAUAUAUUCACUGUAUUACGUUCUGUGCUGCCUUAGCUAUGCAAUAUUGGUGUUGGAAAUGCCUUGACUAUUCCCUUUGCCUUAAAAUUUAUUCACAGGUUAGUUUUUGAAUGUUUUCGCGCAACAUCACUGAGAUCUCUUUGGUAACACGACAUUGCCGUCAUUUACUGUUUAGAAUAUUGGGCAUCGAAGAGUUUGGGUGUGAAUGUGGAGAGAAAAAAAAAAGUGAGAGACUUUGCCAAUUUUAAUUAUAAAUUACACUUGAUGUACAAAUCAUGACAAAGAUGUAAAAACGAAUUCCCGUUUCGCAACACAAGAAGCCAGAUAACCUACUUAGCGGAUGGAUUUCAAAGACAAGCCAGAGUGACAUCUAGUGGCUCAAGACAGACAUGUUUUAUUCACAGUUUUAAAAAAAUACAUAUAUUAUCCUGACACUGUUCCCUUUCUUGAUAUGUUUCUAAUAACAUAUCCUGGUGCUGAUUUAGAACCGUUAGAGCUGUUAACGAUGGUAUAAUGUGGGUGAAGUUUGAUGGAUGACUCGAGUGUCUGCAUGUGUGCAAAGGUGCAUGAAUAAUAGAUGCUGUAACUGGAUAUUCAGGUUCUCUUGUGAAGCUCUUGCACAGACGACAUCAGUACGAGAGGCCAGUCUCCAGCUACAGAGGAUACAGUUCUCUUUUUAAUGUGGACUUUGUAAUAUAUGUUUGAAAGUUGAAAAGGUUGGAAUUGUGGUGUCAGUGCUCUGCAGAAAAAAAGCAAACGUAUAACCUCCAGAACAAUUUGAGAAAGUGAAAUCAGUGACUAUUUGUCUUUAGGAUUUGGAAUCAUUUUUAUAAAUAUUUACCACAGAGACAUGUGGAGGGAAUUAGAAAAAAAUUUUAAUAAAAUUGUUUCUGCAGGACACUAACAAUGAUCGGGUUAAAGAAUAAGGAGUGUGUAUAUGUUUGUGUACAUACUGUGAGACUAUGUACAGAGUUGGAGGAAAGAGGAAGGUCACGCUGGUCUAAUUUAUUUAUUUAUGAAAUCGAUGCUCAGUGGGCUCAAGUGAUAUCUGUGUCCCAAGUCCUUUAAGUGAAUAAGUGUUUAGGGAAAUCCAAAUGAGGUGAGGCAUUCUAAGGUUUUUGAAUUUGCUCAACAGUUUCCUGUAAAGAGACACAAUCCAUUGGAAAUGUUCCCGGUUAUUAAAAAAACUGGAAUGAUCCUGCAGACACGCUAAACAUAUUUGGUCCAUUUUAAAAAAUACAGUAAUUUGAUUUAAUGCUGACUCCUCACUGCUACAAAUAAUUGAUGAUGUAUCAGUAUUGUUAGAGCUGCAUUGGUUGAACAUGCAGCUGGUUAUUAUUUUGUAUAAACAGAUUAUUAUGUCUUGAAUUAUUGUCAUUUUGGUUUAUUUGAAAACAUUUGCAUUCUGAAAUCUACCAGUUAUGUGAAGUGCGACUUCAUGCAAACACAGACGUAUAUUUGGCCAUCAGUCAUCAAAACCGUGAUUGUCUGUUUGCUUUUUUUUGUCCUGCACAACUUUGCAAAAUUUCACAAGGCUCCCACUCCUCUGUGUUCCCAAUCGGCAAAAUCUGAAUGUUUGUGAUGAGACAAUUUCUUGUUUGCUAAAGUCAUUUUCACUCAAACUUCAAUGUACAGAUUGCUCGACAUCGUGGGGAUUUGUGUGUAUGAAAUAGCAAUACUGCAACAUUUCACUCUUUUUUUGAAGUUGGAAAGACUGUCAAGUUGUUCUUGUAAUAAAUAUUUUCUUCUGAAGUUUCCGAAUUAGCUCCGAUCAAUUUUUCAUGUGGUCACAGCCGUGUGCAGAGCGGAGGAUGUUUGGCUGCCGUCCUGCAGAAAAGCCAGAAUGUGAAUGUGGAUGGUGACGAUGUUAUUCUUCAUGCACUAUGUGAUUUAUUACACAUGCUUUUGUACUUGAAACCAAAUUUCUUUGUUGCAUAAGAUGUAAGAUACUGUGUGUAAUCAUCUGAAUUGUCCAGUAAAUGAUGAUUUCUUUGUGCAGA